AUGGUUUACACUGGAUUUGGACUGGAGCAAAUUUCUCCACCACCUCCAGACAAGUCAUUUAGUGAAAUGACACCAGAUGAGCAGGGUGAAAAAGGUGCCAAGAUGAUGAUGGACUUUAUGACAUCUUGUCCUGGUAAAUUUGUUAUUAGUGGUGUUACUGGUUUUGCUCUGGGUGGUGUUUUUGGUCUUUUUAUGGCUUCGAUGGCCUAUGACACUCCAUUGCAUACUCCUACUCCAGGAGGUCCAGUAACUAUACCUGGUUUAAAAGGUCCAUUACCACCAAAUGUCCAAUCCAUAGCUGAUCUUCCGUUUAAACAACAGAUGAAAUUACAAUUUGCUGAUAUGGGGAAGAGAUCAUAUUCAAGUGCCAAAAAUUUUGGGUUUAUGGGUAUGAUUUAUUCUGGAACAGAGUGUGUUGUAGAAUCUGUUAGAGCUAAAAAUGAUAUUUAUAAUGGUGUCCUUGCUGGUUGUAUCACUGGUGGUGGGUUAGCAUUCAAGAGUGGACCUCAGGCAGCACUGAUAGGUUGCGCAGGUUUUGCUGCAUUUUCAACGGCAAUUGACCUAUACAUGAGGAGUGAAGAUGGCAGACCACCUAAAAAUGACUUUGAUGAAUGA